AUGUAUAAAAAUUCUUACGAAGUUUUCGAAAGAACUUUUGACUUGCUACCAAAGAACUGUAUAAAAGUAACUGUGGAGGAUUUUAAUGCUCAAAUAGGUAAAGAAGCUCCCUUUCGUCCAACUAUCGGUCAUGGAAGUUUACAAAACACAUCAAAUGACAAUGGCAUGAAACUAAUAGACUUCUCGAUGGCCAAAAAUCUUAUAAUCAGUAGCACAUACUUCCCCAGGAAAAAUAUUCAUAAGCAGACUUGGACCUCACCAGAUGGGAAAACGAAAUCCCAAAUUGACCACGUAGUAAUUGAUAAGAGAUACCAAACGUGUAUUAAAAAUUUCAGAACGUACAGUUGUGCAGACGGGGACUCUGAUCACUAUUUAGUGUUUGCGAGGUUUGUGUUGACUUUAUCCGUAAAUUGGAGGAAUAAAAAACAAUUUAAUAAGGCUGUUAAAUUAGACGGAGACAAGUUAAAAAAUUCCAACGAAAUAAGGGCGUACAGAGCUAGAGUAACAUAG